AUGAGAGGGCUGGAACCAGGUCCCAAAGCUACGAUGCAGGGGGACGUGCUUGACACUCUAGAGGCGCUGGGGUAUAAGGGACCACUGUUAGAAGAGCAAGCCCUUAUGAAGGCAGCAGAGGGUGGACUAUCUUCACCUGAAUUUUCAGAGCUCUGUGUUUGGUUAGGCUCUCAAAUAAAAUCAUUGUGCAACUUGGAAGAAAGUAUCACUUCAGCUGGGAAAGAUGAUCUAGAAAGCUCCCAGCUUGAGAUAAGUGGCUUUUUAAAAGAAAUGGCAUGUCCAUAUUCUGUACUCGUAUCAGGAGAUAUUAAAGACCGUUUAAAUAAGAAGGAUGACUGUUUGAAACUUCUAUUAUUUUUAAGUACAGAGCUUCAAGCUUUACAGAUACUACAGAACAAGAAACGUAAAAAUUCUCAAUUAGAUAAAAAUAGUGAAAUUUAUCAGGAAGUUCAAGCUAUCGGCGAUACCCUUGGUAUUCCCAAGUCAACAACUUCUGACAUUCCACUUAUGCUGAACCAAGUGGAAUCAAAGGUGAAAGAUAUUCUCUCACAAGUCCAGAAAAAUCAUGUGGGAAAACCACUGCUAAAAAUUGAUUUAACUCUGGAACAGGCGGAACAACUGGAGAAUGAUGCCCUUUCCUGUGAAUGUGAGUGCCGUCGGCGGAUGUUGAUGAAAUGAUUAGAUGUAACAGUGCAGUCCUUUGGAUGGUCUGAUAGAGCAAAGAUAAAAACAGAUGACAUAGCAAGAAUUUACCAGCCUAAGCGUUAUGCUUUGUCACCCAAGACAACAAUAACCUUGGCACAUCUACUUGCUGCCCGUGAAGAUCUAUCCAAGAUCUUAAGUACAAGUAGUGGCUCCAGCUGGGAGAAGACAGCAUGUGCCAUUAAUAAGGUGCUGAUGGGAAGGGUGCCUGACAGGGGAGGACGGCCGAAUGAAAUUGAACCACCACCCCCUGAAAUGCCCCCUUGGCAAAAGAGACAAGGCGGCGGCGGAAGGGGUGGUUGGGGUGGUGGAGGUGGAGGUGGUGGUAGAGGAGGUAGUGGGAGUGGAAGAGGUGGUUGGGGAGGGGGAGGGGGGUGGGGAGGUGGGGGGGGAGGGGGAGGGGCGUGGAGUGGAGGUAGAGGAGGGGGUGGUAGAGGAGGAGGUUUCCAAGGCAGGGGAGAUUAUGGAGGAAGAGGGGGCUAUGGUGGAAGAGGUUAUGGAGAUCCAUAUGGAGGAGGUGGUGGUGGAUAUAGAAGAUAUUAA